UAUUUAUUUAUGUUGUGAUUGAACUAAGCGUAUUGGAAAAAGCAAUAAUAAAAUCAUUCUAAUAAACAAUAACUAUUUAUAGCUCAAAUGAUAAUAAUAAUGUUUACAGUAUACAAACUCUAUAUAACUUAUAAUAUGUAUAACAGAAACAACAAUCAAAUGGAGUUAACAAAAUAACAUACUAUUUAAUUACCAUUAUCUAUAAGGAUCAUUAAUGCUUCAUUCAAGCUAUGCAUCUUCAAUAACAUCCGAUACUUAAUUUUGAUAAAAUAUGGAGAACAAUACAAGUCUAUAAACCCUUUGGGGUUUUAUAAUUCAACUAAUCCAUUAACAAGAUCCACAUAACAACAAUGUCUAAUAAAUGAAUGUUCAGCUUUGAAAUUUUAAAUGCAAUUCACUGAUUACAAGAUCAUGAACAAAGCGAAGGAACCAACUAUGUAAUACACAAGAAAAUUCCUUAAUAGUAUUGGUUAUUAUAAACACAAGAAACAUAUAAAGUGUAAAAUCAGCAUGGAACAGAAACAAGAAGCAUACGAUGAAGAAACAGCUGAAAAUACUGAUAAUGUGAAGCAGAAGGAUAAUGACACGACAAAUGUAUCCAAAGACAAAUCUCCUGGAUGGUAUCAAGACUUUUCUAUUGAUCAAAUAAAGAACUUAAUGAUGUUACAAUGUUUGAUGAAUCAAGAUUGUGCAGAAAGGGUGGUAAAUCGUACUCAAAAAACACUUUUAUCAAUAGGAAUUAUAUCCACAUUUUUUGCUCCUGCACCAGAUGUUAUUAAAAAAUUACAAGAAUCUUCUAACUGCAGUGCAAUAGACUUUCUUAGAGAGGUUUAUAAAGUACUAACAGGAAAUUAUUUUGAAGAAGAAAGAUACAAAGACUUCUAUGAUUGCAAUGAAAGAAUAAUCUUAUCAGCUAUUGCAUUUUUAACUUUACCAGAAGCUGUCGUGGAAUUGCACAAAAGAUUACCACCCGUGACGAUACCAAAAUUACCUCCUAAACCUACAGCACCUGCACUUCCAAUGAGACAAAAGAUGGGAUCUCCAUAUGAAGAAGAACUUUUUAUACGUCCAGACUGGCCAUCCUAUUAUAAUCAAUUACAAUGUUGGAAAAAAGAAUGUCAAUUAAUACCAUUACCAAAAGUAAUAUUACCUCCUAAAGAUUGUGUUUUAACGAAUUACAAAAGAACAGAAGUGAAUUCUGAAACUAGAGAAAACAGAACUGAUAAAAUAGUAAGCAUUCACCACAAUCCUGUUGCUGAAAAGAGAUCAAGACCUAAUACUUUGAUAAGAGAAGAGCAAAACAAGAAUACUUCUAUCAGUACAAAACAAAAGUAUGACAGUCUGGUUAAAGUAAAAGAGAAGGAUGCUGCUUAUACAUCUCCCAAUAAUCCAGUCAAAAUGAAAAAAAAUAUUAGUUCUACUAAUAAUCCUACUGCAGUAGAAGAAAGUGAUACUUCUAUGAUAGAUACAGGAGAUAGUAACAAUGAAGAAUUUAAACAAGAAAGUGACAAUGCAGUAAAUACAAAUCAGGAAGUAGUACAAGAUUCUGAAAAAUCAGUUGCCCUUGAUAUUCCGCCACUGUAUGGUGGAAAUAGAUUGUUUGAUUUUACAAUCAAUGGAAUCUCUGAGAAAUCAGGACCAGUACAGUAUAAACUAUGCGGAGUUCUACAACCACCUCAGCCAAACAAGAAAUCUUGGCUAGGUGAAAAACAUGUUCAUUAUAUAAUAUCUGGAGCCGCCGAUGAACCACCAACUUGUCCUGUAACAUAUGAAAUGACUGGUGUUGCAAAUGUAACGCCAAUUAAUAGCGAUGAAAGGUUUUUUGCUGUACUAAAGCUUGGAGAUGGACCAAAUAAGAUUUAUCCAAGUGGUAGAAAGAAUUUAUCUCGGCAUUGGCAGGAAUGGUUACAGAAUGUAGAUGAAGAGUUUCGGAAAGUAGAAAGGGAAGCAAACAAGAUGAUCAAAAAUAUAGAAGCUAUAACGAAACUGGUAUUCCCAGAACCUACGUGUGACAGUUGUUGUUCUUGUAGACAAACUAGAAAAUCAUAUCUAAAAGCAAAGGAAACAAAAGCACCUUAUUUCGUGAUAGACACGAUAACCGAAGAUAAUAAUAAAAACAAAUCUAUUAUUGGAUCAAUGGCAAUGCAUUCUCCAGCACCAACUCCUCCAGAAUCAACAGUGAAUCUAUUAGAAGUUAUAGCUUCAGAAGAUGUCCUUACUUCGAAUCUCGUCAUAAAUGGUGUCACGAAUGAAAUAGGUGAAACACAGUAUUUUAUUACCGGCAUGAAAGAUGACAUGGUACGUGUGCCACGCCGAAUUGUCCAGCGACCACCACCUCCACCGCCCAGAAACGUUCCACCAUGCGUUUGUACGAUUCAACAAAUAUUUAACAAAGAUAUAACUCCAACGUUAAGUCAGGACAAUAUACCAUGGACGAAAGAUGAAGGUUUAUGCUUUGGAAAGAAAUUCAGACCAUCCGAAGGUGGUGCAUAUUCUUGUAAAAAGUAUCCAGGCGACAAAUCGUGCAGAAGAAAUCCAUUUAGGGGAGAAAUAAUGAGACGAAUACACAGAGCUGAAAGAGAAAAACGAGAAAAGGAGAGGGGUUCUUCAAAGAAGGGAAUGUAUAGCAUUGCCGAUUUUAAACCGUGUGGAGAUGAACACGGCAUGGGUAUUUGCGGAGGACCUUGGGGCGCUGUACAUACUUUAACUCCAGAAGAAUUAGCAGAAGAAGAAAAAUUACGGAAAGAGAUACUUAAAGGUCCUCCGUGUGGAACGAAAGCUGGACGAGCUGUCUGCGAGGGACCAUUUGGGAGACGGGUAUCUAUAAAACCACAAAAAAAGAUAGAAAUCGAAUCUGAAAUUCCAGGAGAAGAAGAUUUAGAAGAAGAGGAAGAGAUAGAAGAGUCAGAGUCAGAGGAAGAGGAGAAAGAGCCCCCUCCUGUUAAAAAAGAAAAAGAAAAGAAACGGGACACGGGAUGUUAUACGAGUCCAGAAAUUAUAGCAGCAAAGAAAAGGAUGAUGGAAGAGAAGACUGAAAAAUUCAUCCCUGAUCCCAACUAUCCUGGCUAUGAUGAUCCAUGGAAUAUAUUUCGUACAGCACCGUCGAAGAAAGAAUCAGAAACAGAUUUUAAAAAUUUAUUAAAGCUUAGUUCUCCGAAACCGCCGUCAACGCCUGUACCGUCUAGAACAUUGAUAAGUGGAAAUGAAAAAUCUGCAUCAAAGGAUAGUUUAAAAGUUUCUGGAAAAAUUUCAAAGAAAUCUGCACGCAAAAGCGAUGGAAAAAUUGCUAAAAGGAAGUCGAGAUCAACCAGUAUUAAAAAAGAAACUCAAAUUAGAGGGAAGAAAGUAUCCCAAGAAACGCUACAAAGUGAUAAAAUAGAAGAUCACAGGGUUUCAAAACCAAUAAAAAAUAAACAUGACUACAGAAAGUUAAGUACUAAAACUAUGUCCGUGAAACAUUUGAAAAAUGGAAAUAAAUUACAUCAGACAGUGAGAACGUCUAAACCAACUGUUGAAAAUACAAAAUUAAAAUCUAAACGAGAGAAGAUAGAUUCGUUCAACGAAAAAGCAAGUAACAGAUUUAAUAUUAAAGGCAAAAUAAGUAAGGAAGGAAUAUCAGACAGAUCAAAAAUUAACAGAACAAGUGCACGACGUAGUCAGCUUGGUAAAAAAUCUGAACGAAAAUCAAAUAAUCCUGAGAAUAUUAAAAUUAAUAACCCAGACAGAAAAGCAUUAAAAUCAAAACGAUCAAGUCAACUCAAGUCAAGAUCAGUUUUAUCAACGAAUAUCGAGAAAAGAAAAACAAGUAAUGCGAAGAAGAAGUUUACAAAAAAAGAUAGAAAGAAAGAUGCACAAAUUUAUGAUGUGGACUCUGGUAUAAUUCGACAAAAUUAUAUACAUGGUUUAAAAAACAUGUUGAAAUCUCCUGACAUUUAUCCUCCUGAUGUUAAGCCAGUUGAUAUUCCAGCAGAACCUCCAACAAAAUGUCAACCAGAAUAUGAAUAUACAGAAACUACAGAUGAUUCCGAAAAAAUUGAUGAAGGUAUAGAUAAGCAGUUACCAAGUAAAGGUCCUUGCGGUUGGAGAACAAAAUCGGAACAAAAGUUACCAACAAAGAAAACUUUAGUUUAUCUUAGUGAACCAGACUAUCCCCCGGAAACAAUAGCAGUUCGGCCAGGGGGUAAACCAUGCCUUUGCCGCGAAAAUAGAGCAAAGAAAAAGAUACUAAUGUACAAUAUAGGAGGGCUUAUAGGUAGCAAAAAAGAUGUUAAUCAGAAAAGGCUAUUCAAGAGAAAGAAAGAUGAAGAUGACAAACAAACGCAAGUUAUAGAUGGUGUUAUUUAUUAUACACCACCUCCAAGUCCACGUAGAAGCGACGAGUAUGUACCUGAGUAUGAUCUUUUAAAAUCUCCUUAUGAUAUGUGCCUUACACAACGUAAAGAUAAGCAACUUAAGUUUCUCGCGCAGUAUACUGGACCUAAAAUAUCAGAAACCUCGAAAAAUCAAGAUUCAUGCGGAUGUAAUGAAUACGUUGAUACGUAUGGUGUUCAACCCCUAGAUCAAAAUGGGGAAGUUCAAACAACGAAGGAGCUUGAGAAAGUUAGAGAAGAAUUAAUAAACGCGAAACCACCGGAAGAGCGUUGGAAACUAGCGCUAAACGAUGUAGGAUUGAUUGAUUAUUUUACAAGGUGCAGAGAUAGUAUUCCUUGUUGGCUAAAGUGUGCUAAAUUUAAUAAAAUGGGAUGUUCAUUGCCACAGCCGAAACUCCAAUCUAAAAGACCAGUCUGUGAAUGUAAAUAUGAAAGAAAAAUAUUAGAACACACCGAAGAAAAACAGAAAUGGAAAGAACGUGAGAAGAAAUUAAAAUCGCUGAAAAAACAACCGUAUAUGAAUGUCGCGGAUAUCUCAAAGCCAGUGGUAGCAAAUACAAAAUUAAUGAUAUCAGGUGUGAAAAGAAUUCCGAGAGAAAAUGAAUAUAUAGAUGAUAUUAAGUAUUGUAUAACUGGUGUUGCUGAGAAUUACUCUGAAUCGUUACCUACACAAGUAGUAGAUGGUCUACACAUGUCUACACCGGUUCAAACGCCUGAACCAAGUGAAGAGAAAUUACCGUGUGUUUGUUCGCAUAAGCAUUGGUCAGCUAUAAAUAUACCCCCUGGGCCAUUGCCAAAACCAGAAGAAAUUAUACUUGGUGAUAAAAAACGUAGACAGGAAGCUGUAAUAAAAGCAUUCAGACAGAUUUAUGCCCCUCAAAAGGUGUAUGAUACACACGAUGGUCACAGUUGUCAAGAACCUUGUAUGCCAGAUUCUGGUUCAGAAAAUAAUGAGAUUAUAAAUGAAAAUGUACGAAAUAAUAAUAGUGUUAAAACAUCAUAUUCAGAGAAAAUUAUGUCAAUUAAAAGUAAAUCAACGAAUCAAAAAGGACAACGAAAACAAUUAAGUAACAAACAACAACAACAACAGCAGAUGAAAUUGAAUAGUAGUAUUAAUAGAAAGAAAUCAGAUACUAAAAAUCCAAUAGCACAAGGAACCACCGAAAAUCCAAUAAUAAGCUCAUAUAAAGGAAAUAGGAAUAUUGAAAAUGAAGGAAGCAAUAUUAAAAAUCCAUUAGCACAAGGAAAUCCACUAAGGAGCUCGUAUAAAGGAAAUAGAAAUGUUGAAAAUGAAACAAGCUAUUUAAAAAACCUACGAAAUACACAAUCGUAUGAAAACAGAAAUGUUAAUCCCCAGUUACAAAAUGAAUCUCCUAAUUUAAAUACCGAAAAUGUAAAUAUUUCUGAUGAAAAUAUUGAAGAAGAUUAUUUUGAUACUGACGAUCAUUUUAUGAUUAUAGCCCAGAUCGAGUUAAAGAAAAUGGCAACUGAAGGAUUUCUAUUUGCAAAAUUACCAAAAUGUUUCUUUAUGCCACAAUUACAAUACUGGUUAAUGUAUAGGAAAGGAUUUGUUCUUAAUGAUGCAGAUAAAAUAAAAUCAGUGAAUGAGAGUAUUGACUUGUGGAAUGUGCUAGAUGUAGAAAAAUCACAUAAAAUUAAAACACCUCCCUUAGAUCUGACAAAAUAUGAAAUUACAAAUUUAACUUUUGACAAUGCAAAAGAAAUGAAACAAAAGAUCGCAAUGAAAAAAGCUAUAUUUUAUAGUCAAGUUCGUAAAAAUCGUGUUUUAUACGCGCGAACAAUGUGGAAUACGAUGGAGUAUGGAAAAUUUCCUUCGACAUCGUUUAAACAAGCAUAUUUUACUUAUAUGGCUAGUAAAGAAGCCGAUGGUCUUCCUUUUAAACCAUGGUUCCCUUCCGAUGUACGAGACAUGAAUUAAUUAAUUCGAUUUUCAUAAUAAUCAAGUU